AUCGUUGAGGUCUCGCCCUCGAUGGCACUCAGCUCACUCAUCAACCCCCCGUCCUUCGCGAUGGAAAGAUGUGGCACAAGUGCAGGCCGCUUGACCAGCUCUGCGUACCAGCAACAACACACACGAAAUGGAACACACGAAAUGGACUCGCCUGUGCUCGUCCCUCACGUUUUGUCUGCACGUAUAGGCUGUUGGGUCUUCGAGAAACACCAGCUGCUCCUUCAGGUACACACUGCCCCUCUCGCGCUCGUCCUUGGAGCCUGACAAACGACACAGCCAACAAACGACACAGCCAACAAUGCGUCAGGGCAAGCAUCGCGGGUUGUGGCUCAGCGCACCAGAAAAGAAGACACAUGAGCCGAUGAUCGUCACGUGCGAGCACCCUGAUGCCCGCUGGAGAUUGAGCAGGCGAUCGCCAGCAGAGCCGAACAGUGGCAACACCAAACAGACCGGGAUGCUCACGGAAUCGACGCAAAAGGCGUCAUCCUGCAGCACAUUGACGUCCUUCUUGAGCCAGUCAACACAUGCGCCUGGACUCUUCCUAUCCACCAGAUGCUGCACUUGCAGCUCGCAACACACCCGAGCCGACCUGAACGGACGAACGAACGAACGAACGAAACACACACACACAAACACACACACACACAGAGAGAGAGAGAGAUAUGAAGCCAGCAGGGUCACUUGGUUUUGCUGUCUAGCUCCCCCGGCUCACUUGCAGCCGAAGAUGACCAAGGAUAGCGUCGUCCCAGGCGUCAACCGCAGAGUGAGACACGGAAGACAUUCUGAGUCUUGGACCAGUUGAUGUGCUCCACUGCUGUCUUUGUCAGAUGUAGGAGAGUGACGUGCGGGUCGUUCUCGAGCUCUUGCAGCAAAUCCUGCGGGCAGGUGUCAGGCUGGGCGACCUUCGACUCACAGUAGAUGUAGCGCUGAGCGAUCGUGACCCUCUCAAGUGGGCCAUGUAGGCGCCAUUGCGAUUGGCUCCCCAACACAGGCUCUGAUGGGGGACCAAACACGCACACACAUUACUGACUUGAUCUUCGUCUGCUCGGUUUUCUUCCUGACCUGUCACUUCGAGCGUCACAUUGAAUAUGGCUUCUAUGCUCCUCUGCUCCUUUUCCGUCACAACGAACGCCACGUCAGCACUCACGGGUGUGUAUUCGGUGCUGGUCAUCUCCCCGAAGGAUGUGGCAGAUCGCGCGUCCAAACGCUGCAUGCCUGGCCUGAUGGACACAGUGACAGACAAAGGAUGUUUGCGUGGCCGAUUGCAGAUGAUGUUGGUGCCUUACAGCUCCUCAAAGUGGUUCUUGCGACACCUUUGGCCAUGCGGGCAGAAACUGAAGCGCCAGUCACAUGUGUUCUGCUCAAACGUCACUGGACGAAAGGGAACGGAUGCAAAACUUCUGUACGGAGGCGUUGGAUGGCACACGUCCCUCUAUCUACGUGCGGGUGCUGCAUUGCCUUGCGAAGGUGUCGAUCGGCCGUUUGUGGACACGGCAGAAGGGCUCAUGCCGCCGGAUGUCAACUCGCUAUCCAGCUUCAU